UUCACUGCGUGCCAACGCAGAACUGCCCAUCCCAUCACCGUUACGUGUUAAUCGAAAUUCUCUUUCUCUUUUAGUUUUUACACUUUUGGAACAAGUCGCUGUACAAGCUACUACGAUUAAAGAUGGCAGAUGAAUUCCUACCCAAGUUGUUUAGCUACAUUGAUGAGCAUCAGGAGGACUAUAUCAAGAGGCUAGCUGAUGCGGUAGCGAUCAAGAGUGUAUCAGCAUGGCCUGAGAUGAGAGGGGAGAUCACCAAGCAGAUGCAGAGUGUAGAUGCCAUGUUGAAAAAGCUUGGUGCAACGACAGAGAUGGUACCAGUAGGUACCCAGACCCUGCCUGAUAAGAGUACCAUCCCUCUCCCCGAUGCUAUCCUUGGUUACCUUGGAAACGACCCAGCCAAAAAGACUGUCUGCAUCUACGGUCAUUUGGAUGUCCAACCUGCUAAGCUGGAGGAUGGGUGGGAUACUGAACCCUUCAUUCUGACAGAGAAGGAUGGGAAGCUGUAUGGACGUGGAUCAACAGAUGAUAAGGGACCCGUCCUGGCUUGGGUCAAUGUGAUUGAGGCAUACAAGGCACUCGGAAGGGACAUUCCUAUUAACAUUAAGUUUUGUUUUGAGGGAAUGGAGGAGAGUGGAUCAGAGGGUUUGGAUGAGCUGAUUGCAGCACGGAAGGAUACAUUCUUCAAGGAUGUGGAUUAUGUGUGCAUCUCAGAUAACUACUGGCUUGGCAAAACGAAGCCAUGCAUCACAUAUGGUCUCAGAGGGAUCUGUUAUUUCUACAUUGAAGUGGAGUGUGCCAAGAGGGAUCUUCAUUCUGGUGUGUUUGGAGGCUCCGUGCACGAGGCCAUGCGAGAUCUGGUCACUCUCUUCGGCAGUCUCCAGGACAACAAAGGCAAGAUCCUCGUUCCAGGGAUCUAUGACUCUGUCGUAGAAGUCACACCAGAGGAGGAGGCCCUCUAUGGUCCGAUUGAUUUCUGCCUGGAGGAGUAUCGCAAUGACAUUGGUGCCAAAAAACUGCUACACGACUCCAAAGAGAAGAUUCUACAACACCGAUGGCGCUUUCCAUCUGUCUCCAUCCAUGGGAUCCAGGGAGCCUUCGAUGAGGGCGGGGCUAAGACCGUCAUCCCUCGCAAGGUGACAGGAAAGUUCUCUAUCCGCAUCGUCCCCAACCAGACACCGGAAGAAGUCACCAAACUGGUCGUUGCUCAUCUCAACAAGGUCCAUGCAGAGACUGGAUCUCCAAACACCAUGAAUGCAUCAUUGUACCAUGGUGGUGAGAGCUGGCUGAGUGAUCCAACCCAUCCUCAUUACCAGGCUGGAAUCAAGGCUACAAAGAGAGUGCAUGGAGUUACACCUGAUAUGACACGAGAGGGCGGUAGCAUCCCUGUUACGCUCACUCUCCAGCAGGCGACAGGCAAGAAUGUCAUGCUCCUGCCAAUGGGGGCAGCAGACGAUGGGGCUCACUCGCAGAAUGAGAAGUUUGAUCGGUCUAACUACAUCAAUGGCACCAAGCUCGUGGGUGCUUAUUUUGAGGAGGUGGCGCUUUUGUAGAGGAUAACAGUUACUACGGCAACGGUUCUAUCUUGAUCAGCAGACUCCUGCUUUUUUUUUCUUCCCCCAAAAUAACAUUUGGAAACUAAAUGAGGAACGUUAAGGUCAAACAAACAAAUAAAAGCGGCCACUUGAACUGUAGUUUGAGUGAAACCCCAUCACCAUUUGGGGGGAAUACUUUCGGUACUUUAUGCCAGGUUGGCAAUGCAGCCAAAUCUUUAGUUUUCACCAAACCAUCACUCCCUCCUCGAUUGGACCAAACUUCUGUAGAUGUUGGCUAUUGUGCUAAAUAACCAAGAGACACCCAUUGCAAUAUCACUUUCUAUAAUUCAUUAUGCAUGUACAUGAACUUACAUUUUGUUGAGUAUCAAACCCUGAUUUGUAAUGUUUGUAUUUUCUAAAAAUGUGAUAGCUUGUGUGUUUGACAUUUCUUUAAAGGCAUCGUUUAACAAUGUUAAAUCCGAGAUUCACGGCCCGACGUGUUAUCAAUGUCUGUGAUAUGGUGAAAUAUUGAAGCCCUAGUUGAAGUGCUUGAAAGUGAUCACGAAGUGCCUCAAAAAAGUAAAAAAUCUUUGAGUGAGCUGUUUUACCAUUCCCAUUUUCCCCAAUAGACUGUGUGAUAUAAAGACCGUUAUCAUUUCAUAAAUAUCUUGAUAAUCAGACAAUUAUCACUACAGCAUUAGCUAAAUCCAGGAUUUUGUUUCAGAAUCUGAGACAAAGUUUCACAAACCCUUUAAACAAUGGCCAUGCAGGUACUGAAGUAGAAUCAUGUGUCUAAAACGUUAGUCACUGUAAGAUAAGUUUAAUGCUGAAUUAAAUAUUGCUUAUUUCUGUUACCUAUAUCGGUGUAUGUAUUUUAAUAUAUUCAUAUCUUAAGGACAUAUUGGGAUUACUAAUAUAAUAUUUUUAUAAUUUUCCCUUUGUUUUUCGUGUAUGCUUUUCAAAAUAUUUUCUUCUUUUUUUCCCUUUAUCAUUCCUAUACCUUACAAUUGAUUUGUACAUGUAUGAUAUGUUGUUGUACGUUUCGGUGUUGUCCAGUGGAUAAGUCUCUGGACUGUGAACCACAUCACUAACAUCUUUUGGCAAGACAUUAAUCAACAUGUGCCAGACUCGAUCCAGAUGAGGUAAAUGGGUACCUGGCAGGAAUUUAUUCCUUAAAAUGCUAGAGCUUCGUAAUGACAGCCAUGCCAAAGCAGGGAUAAUAAUCGUGGAGCGUCAGGAGUGUCAAUUAAGUCUGACAGACAUGAGCGCCAUAUAGGAAUCCAUGAUUGAUAUAUGUGUGCAGACGGACACACAAUAUUACUUUUAAUAUAAAAUGGUCUGAGAUCAUGCUUAUCAUCUGCUAAAUGAGAAAUUCCAGUUGUUUCACCUAAAAGAUAGUUGUACGAAUAUACACUUGGUUUUCUUUUUCUUUUUCUUUGUGACCUUUGUACUAUUUUGUAAUACCCUUUGGCUUAUAUGGAAAUACUUUCUUGUACAGGUACUACUCCAAGAUUUGUAAUCAUGUAAAACUCAAGUGCAAUUCUUUUGUAACUUGUUUCCUCAGAAAAAUACAAGAACCGACUAUUGAUAUUAUUAUGUAUGUGUGCAGAAAGACACACUAUAUUACUUUUUAUAUGAAAUGGUCUGAGAUAAUGCUUAUUAUCUGCUUUAUGAGCAAUUCCAGUUUUUCUACAUAAAAGUAUGAAUACUGCGGUUUUCUUUUUUACUUCUUUUUGUGUAAUCUGUACACUACUUUGUAAUAUCCUGUGGCUUAUAUGGAAAAACUUGCUUGUACUAUGUACUGUGAUUCGUAAUCGUGUAAAUACAAGUGCAAUUCUGUUAUAAUUUGUUACCGGCUAAAAAAAAAAAGAGUACUGAAGAAUUUUGUUGUUAGUCCAGAUAUUGAAGAGUUGCAAUGUAAAUUAGAAUAAUAGCAUUUAAUUGGAUAUUGAUAACAUUGUGUAAUCUGGAUAUGAAUAUAAUACACAACUUUAAAUGUGUGGAUAAUAUUGUUUGUUUGUUUAUUGAAAUGAAAGGUAGCUAAUAAGAUUGUUUUACCAUGUCUUA